AUGAGGGACGCGGCCGCCGCACUACGACCGCUACGACGACGACGUCUGACGGCGCGUCAGCAGCUCUUGUCAUUGGUCCUAUGGCUCGGCCUGAGCCUCUCGACGUCGCGCGUUGCAGCGCAGUCGUGUGCGAACGCGAGUACGUUAGUGGCCGACGACGAGAGCGCUGCGAUCGUCUACGACGCGGCGUGCAACGCGCGGAGCUUCCAAGUGGUCGUGAGCUCGACGGUCGAGCGGAGUCUGAACCUCUCGAACUUGGACGUUGUGGCCGUGCGGAGCUACCCGCGCGUGUAUCAACUGCUCUUGAACAACAAUCGGCUCGAGACGUUUUCGUCGACGGACUUGGACAGUGACAUGAAAGACUUACAACUGUCGAGCAACUUGAUCACGGACUUGGUCAGCUCGAACUUUCCUCGUCGACUCAAUUACUUGGACCUGAGCUACAACUUUAUCACGACGCUGUCGACAGCUACGCCCUGGCCCGUGUCGGGGGACCUGCAGACGCUUUUGCUGCACGGCAACCCGCUCAAGUCAGUCGCGACUGACACGUUUACGAGAUUCGGAGCACUGCGGUCGCUAUCCCUGUCGAGCACAAGCAUAUCGAACCUCGACGACCUCAUGCUGCCCGUGUCUCUGCGGAUACUCAACGCGACGAGGAACUCGUUCACUAGUGCUUCGACCAGCUUCGCGAACCUUCCAACGGCUCUGCAAUACCUGGACUUGAGCAACAACUUACUUACGGCGUUCCCCACGGUCGUAUCGUCGCUCACGACGCUCGUCGAGCUGAACCUCGAAGGCAAUGGAAUCAAGAGGAUUCGUGGCGUGACGUUUGCGUCGACGCUUCGCAAGGUAUCGUUGAGGGAUAACCCGUUGUCCACGAUCGAAAUUUGCCGAUCGGACGUGAUCGUGUUUGAGAGCCUCACUGAGUUUACUGCACCGUCGUCCGUGUCAAGCACUUGCUCCAACUCGACGGCAACUAGUAUGGCCAUUCGGGGCGUCCCUUUUUGCGUCUUGGAAGACGAGGACUGCGUCAGUGCCUUGGCAACGGACUCGAAUGCCGGGAGUUUGACGGACGACAACACCGCCACUACCCCGGGCUCGAGCGACGGCGCGUCAUCGAGCAGCAGCUCGGGCUCGAUCUUUUCGGCCGGAUCCAUUGGAAUCAUCGGCGGCACGUUUUUCCUCGUUGGCAUCUUGUUGAGCGCCUUGGCCUUUGGACUUGUGUGGAAGAAGCGCAGAGAUAACGGCGGCAGCCCGUCUCGAUGUCCUACUCUGAAGCUAAAUCGUGAACGUCGAUUAGGAAGCAGUGGCAGCAACUUUGUCGUGUUCACGGGCAGCGGACGCACGAGUCGUGCGAAUCGGCUCAUUGUCAAUGACAACUACCGCGACAGCAAGAACGAGAGCACGAGCACGUUUGGGAGCACCGGCGUCCACACACCUGGUCACGCAGCGUGGACGAUCUACGAGAGCCCGCUGGACAAGUACAACCCGGUAGCUCUGCUUGAGCCGAGUCCGAACGGGGACAAGCACUUUCUCGGUGCCAGCACCGUCUCGCUCCAGGCUCGCAGCAAGCUCAAGAUCAAAGUCGACUUGGACGAUCUGCUCGUGUACGAGAUUCCGCCCGAGGAGAUCCAGAUGCUCCGCGCGCUGUGCGUGUCGUCGUCGAAGAAGGGCAGCAAAGCGGCGCUAGCGCUGAGCAGUGUCGGCGUGGGCAACACUCGGAAGAAGGUGGACUCGGCCUUGUUCUUGGCCGAGUACCAGGGCUACAAGGUGGUGAUCCAAGCGCUCAUGCGCUGCAAGAAGCAGCUGGAGAAGCGCUUUGUCGAGCAGAUCCGUCUCGCAGCUUCCCUCGACCACGCGUCGAUUGUGCACUUUAUUGGCGUGACCACGGGCUGCAGCAGCACGGCAAGUCGUCGACGGGGCAGCAGUGCAGCAAUGCCUCGCGCGCCGUACGCCAGCUACGGUCCCGCGAACACCGCAGGCGAGAGCAUGGCAAACAGCAGCGCGACAAAGAGUCGGUACCCGAGCAUGGGCGCGCCCUCGUGGCACCUCGGCGUCGUGUUUGAGUACAUGCAGCACGGAUCGCUUGCCAGCAUGUUUGAGGCCGAGCGAUAUCGACGCGAGGGCAAAGGGUAUCACCCGAACAGCAGCGUCGCAGCGGCGAUCGGGAGCGGCAAUGGCAAUAUCUUCAGCUGGUACCCCAUGUUUGCCAACUCGAGCGCGAGUGUGAACGCGAACCCGAACGCCGACUGGCGCUGCAAGCUGUCGAUCGCUCUCGAUGUCGCCAUGGGUCUUGUCUACCUCCACGCCAACAAUUACGCCCACGGCCACGUGUGUGCUCGGAAGGUGCUGGUCAACGAGCAGGGCGAGGCCAAACUGAGCGCAAUGGACGUCUUGCUGCCUUCGGACUUGGCGUCGAGCCGAGACGACGCGUACGGCAAAGCCGACGACUUCCGUGGCUCGCUGCGUGACAGCGCGCGAUGGACUGUGCAGAAGAUCGCUGGACUCCGUGCUACGCGCUCGUCGAGAGCGCAGAAGCGCCAAGCAUCUGACCGCCUCAGCCGCAAUCGGUACGACAACAACAGCGGACAGAGCGACGCGAGCGGAGCCAGCGGAGUCAGCAGCGUCACGCUCGACGACAACCACAGCCGCAGCGGUGAGAUCGCCGCGCCCAUCGAAGGGCUGGACGACCUCAACGAGAGUUCGCUCAAGUCGAGUGGCGGCCUCGGGGCGUCCAUCGUCGCGGCCCAGCGAGAAGACGUGUUUGCGUUUGGCACGUUCCUGUGGGAGCUCGACACGAUGAUUGCGGUCGAGGAGGACCUGGCGAGCUCGAGGGCCUCUGCCGACUACGGGGGUAACCCGCUCUUGCUCAAGUUCUCGGCCGACUGUCCGCUGGAGUUGCGGGACCUCGCGCGCCAGUGCUGGCACGAGGUGCCGAGCGAGCGGCCGGACGCCAUUGACGUGCAGGAGGAGCUCGUGCGCGUGCUGGAGGGCCGCCUGACCACGAGCAACCACGUGCCGCUCAACUGGACGCGGCCGAGCUACUUCAGCUCCACGAGCGCCAUCAGCAGUCUCUCGAGCUCCGACCUGUCGUCCAACUUGUCGUCGCUGCCGAGUUCGCGCUCCGUCAUGGCCGUGCCCGUGGUCGGCCGUCUGGUCCAGUGA